ACGACGCAUAUCUCCCUAUAUCAUACAAGAAGGUUAACAGCAGAAAUCAAAGAAAGGAAGUUAAUAAUCCAUUAUUGGUGCCUUUUAAGGAGAAGAAAAAUAUCCAGUGUACAGUAAAUACAGACACUUUAAGCGGUAUGGAUCCCGCACUUCUGAAAGAGAGAGCUGCUUUCAUAAACAGGGCAAAGGCACAGCCAGCUGUAGAAAAAAGAAAACAUGCAGACACUUCUUCUCAUUCUUCCAAAAAACACAAAUCAUCUUCAUCAUCAAAACAGAAAAUAAAUAAUGGAGCAUCUGUGUCCAAAACUCCAUUCGACUAUAAAACAAGUCAUGGUAGUUCUCAAUAUAAAUUUGGAAUACUUGCUAAGAUUGUGAAAUACAUGAAGACAAGACAUCAAGAAGGACAAUCACAUGGUUUAACAUUGGACGAUAUAUUGGACGAGACAAAUCAGUUAGAUGUCCCAACAAAACAUAGACAUUGGUUGUUAACAGAAGCUUUAAAAAACAAUCCCAAAAUCAAAACACUUAAUUUCGGAAAUGAUCAAAAAUUCUUGUUCAAUCCGUCUUACGAUAUAAGAGACAAAAAAGGCUUACUAAAUUUGUUAAAGAAGCAUGAUCUCCAUGGACUUGGAGGAAUUCUUCAGGAAGAUAUAGAAGAAGCAUUACCGAGGGCUGAGAAGUGCAUGAAAAAUCUGGGAGACAAUAUUGUAUAUGUAGUACGUCCACAUGACAAAAAGAAAGUUUUAUUUUAUAAUGAUAAAUACUGUCGUUACAGUGUGGAUGAAGAAUUUCAGAAACUAUGGAGAGGUGUGUCUGUUGAAGGCAUGGAUGAGAGGAAAAUUGAAGAAUACUUGGACAAACAAGGAAUUUCCUCUAUGCAAGAUGUUAACAUUAAGAAAGUAGUACAUUCGCAGAAACGAAGGAAGGGAAAGAAAAAUAACAAAUUUAAGAAAUUAAACGAACAUUUGGAUGGUGUUCUACAAGACUACUCAGAUAAACAAUAAUUCAAAGAUAAAUAGUGGGUCCAGUUAGCUUUCAGCCUUAUAACAGUAUUUUAUUACCAAGCUAAGGAAUUCAUUGUUAAUGGCAUUCAUGUCUUGUCAUGUUGGGAAAAAUCAAUCAAUUGUCAUAGAUAUUAAAAUUACAUUGAUAAAAAUCUAUUUCAAAUUUGGUGUAACAUUAAAAUGAUUUUUAUGUCAGUCAAAUUAAUACAAAUGUAUGGCAUAACAAGGCCUAAAAUAAAAUAUUGUUUGUUUCCCCAAUCCCGACCGACCCUGCAAAAAUGGUCCUACUCAUAAAAUUUUAUUGUCAAAACUUAGUCAAAUAUUAUUUUAUUCAUUGCCGAUUUUCAGGCUUGCCGGAUCAUCCGAUAAUGUUCAAGCUUUUUGGAAAAAUAAAAUUAUUUCCCUACCUACCUACCCACACCUGCUUGGUAGGGUCGGGAUUGGGGAAACAAACAAUAUAUUGAUUUAGGCCCAAUUAAGAUAGAUUUGUUUUUUAAUGACAGAGUAUACCUAGUUGUUUACAAAAUUAACACUGAAUUUCGUAUGCUCAGACAGUAUGAUCAAAGAAAUAUGAAAUAAGCAAUAUACACACCUCAAAUGUACGUACAUGUUUGUUAAAAAUUUAAAUUGCUGUCCAAUGUAUGGGCAAAUAUUAAAUACAUGUAUCAUUGUGUAUGUGUAUAAUUGAGGAUGACUUAUAUAAAAAUAGCUCUACUGGGCGCCAUUGUGGGCCAGCAUGUAUGUAUAUGUAUUGCAAUCACUUGGUGUUAAUGUAUUUAAAUUGUCUGCCAUUGUCAACCUAUUAAAAAAAUUUAAAUAUCA